AUGGCGGCUGACGGGGACUGGCAGGAUUUCUAUGAGUUCCAGGAGCCUACCCCGAGCCUCCAGGACCAGGAGAACUGUAACGAGAGCUCCGAGGAAGGCGCAGGAGCUGGCGUGGGAGGCGACGGCUUCCCGGCGCUGGUCUGCAGCUUGGAGGAGAAACUGAGCCAGUGUUUUCGCCCAUCGGGCACGGGCGCCGAGCCCCCGAGGGUGGCGGUGCGGCCCAUCACCGAGUGCAGCCUCUUGCAGGGGGACGAGAUUUGGAAUGCCCUGACAGAUAAUUAUGGGAACGUAAUGCCUGUGGACUGGAAGUCAUCCCACACCAGGACCUUACACUUGCUUACUCUGAACCUCUCAGAAAAAGAGAUUGGUGACACUUUCCUGUUUGACACAUCAGAUGAUGAGGAACUUCGAGAACAGUUGGAUAUGCACUCUAUCAUUGUCUCCUGCGUCAGCGAGGAGCCCCUCUUCACUGCGGAUCAGGUUAUUGAAGAAAUCGAAGAAAUGAUGCAAGAAUCCCCAGACCCAGAAGAUGAUGAAACCCCCUCACAGUCUGAUCGACUCUCGAUGCUGUCCCAGGAAAUUCAGACCCUGAAGAGAUCUAGUACAAGCAGUUAUGAAGAGAGAGUGAAAAGGCUCUCAGUGUCUGAGUUAAAUGAGCUCCUGGAAGAAAUUGAGACCACCAUUAAGGAUUACUCUGAAGAGCUGGUGCAGCAGUUGGCCCUGAGAGAUGAACUGGAGUUUGAAAAGGAAGUGAAAAACAGCUUCAUUUCUGUUCUUAUUGAAGUGCAAAACAAACAGAAAGAGCACAAAGAAACAGCCAAAAAGAAGAAGAAACUCAAAAACAGCACCUCUCAGAAUGGCAAGCAUGACAGGAGUCACCACGUGCCCGGCACACGCUUCAGCAUGGAAGGGAUCUCAAAUGUCAUUCAGAAUGGCCUCCGCCACACCUUUGGAAAUUCAGGUGGAGAGAAACAGUACUUGACAACAGUCAUUCCUUAUGAGAAAAAAAACGGACCACCAUCUGUUGAAGAUCUUCAAAUAUUAACAAAAAUUCUUUGUGCCAUGAGGGAGGACAGUGAAAAGGUCCCAAGCUUGCUAACUGAUUAUAUACUGAAAGGAUUUAGCACCUCUUCCAUGCAGAGUCCAUCCAUGCGUGAAGCCCUGAGCAGCCCUGGAGAGGUCAGGAUGGGCAGUGGGUCCUUGCUAGGUUCUGCAGAGCUGUUUAGGAAUGAUCAAAAUCCUCCUUAUGUCUGGAGCUUUGAGACAUUCCCAAAAGCUAUGGCAGCUUACGACAUCAAUGCAUAUGGGACUUGCUAUCAAGGGGCAUUUAAAAUUCCAUUUAAACAUCCAUGA